AUGCAGAGGUUCAGGAUGGUGACAGGCAGUGACCAGUCCAGCCUGAUCACUUCAAACACGGACAAGAAACCACAACACAGCUUCUCGAUCAACGGAAAUGUCUCCAAGGAGAUGCGGGUAAUGGGACAUGGCUCACAGCAUGGCAAGAACUCAUCUAACAGGAUCGGCGUGGACUCAGCCAGCGAGAACAAGAAGCCAGAGGAUGAAGUGAACGAGUACCUGAUGAAGGCCAUCGAUGCUCGCUCCAUCGACCGCCUGCGCGCCGAGCACUGCCGACCAUUCACGCUCACCUUCAGAGACCGCAAGUUGGAGGGAAAGGCCAUGGUCAUGGGCGGAUGUUGCUCGCCUUGCGAUCUUUCCCUGAUGGCGGUCAACUCUGUGCAUGCGUGCAAGAAACUGACCCUAAUCAAAGAUGUUUAG